GACUUAAGUUAUAAAUUUAUAAUAGAAACUAAUCAUUCAUUUUAAUAGGAAACAAACAGUCCAUUGACAAAAUCGUCGUCUUCUUCAUUCAUUCAUUCAAUUCAACCACAUCUCACAGAGAGAGAGAGAGAAAGAGAGAGAGAGAGUCUCUCACACACACACCAUGACUACCACCUACGGAACAAUCCCAACUUCCUCAUCACCACCACAAACAAACCUCGAAUUCAUCUCACGCGCCAAAGAACGUUUCAAAGCCGGUCUCGGUACUCGCCGUCCAUGGAAACUCCUCUUCAAUUUCCGAUCAUUCAACCUCCCAACCAGUCUCUCCGACGCAAUCACUCGCAUCAAAACAAACAUCUCUUACUUCCAGAUGAACUACGCUAUCAUACUUCUCGCAAUUCUCUUAUUCAGUCUCCUAUGGCAUCCAAUCUCACUCAUCGUUUACCUCGUUCUCAUAGCUGCUUGGCUUUUCCUCUACUUUCUUCGUGAUGAACCGCUUGUUAUCUUUGGUAGACUUAUCAGUGAUCGUGUUGUUCUUAUUCUCAUGUUGAUUCUCACCGUUGUGUUGCUUUUGUUCACUGGUGCUGUUCUGAAUAUACUUGUGGCGGUUUUGGUUGGUGUUGUGGUGGUUUUGCUUCAUGCAGCUUUUAGAAAUACUCAUGAUCUGUUUCUUGAUGAAGAAGAAGGUGUUUCGUUUUCUCCACCUGGUGCUGCUACUGUUUCUUGAUUCUGUCAUCAUGAUGAUGAUGAUGAUUGUUUAGCUUUGAAUUUGUUGUUUAGGGUUUGUGAAAUUGUGAAGAAGAAAAUUUGUUGGAUCUUUGAAUUUAUGUACUGAUGAAUUAUUUGUUGAUGUUGUUUGUUACCUGCAUAAAAAUAAAAACAAUUAUUUUUCUUCA